AUGAACGCUCCUCGGGAUCCCCAUGAAGCGCCUCUUCCAGGAACAGAUGCCACAGCUGUUGAGCCAAUAGCCAAACGUGCUGAGAUGGUGGUGGGCCGCACCGCUUCAGCACAUGCUGCCCGUGAGAAGCAGUCAGUCAACUCAAACGAUCUUGAAACUGGCGCCGGUGGGUUUGCUGAUGACUCAGGGGGAGUAAUCUUGAGAAGAGAGGAGCUACCUAGAGGUGGGUUGGCGGACGACGAAAUUGAACCAACACCGGAGGAGUUGGCUACGCUCAGAAGGGUGUCGGAUUCUCUCCCAAUCUCCGCAUAUUAUGUCGUAGUUGUCGAACUCUGCGAACGGUUCUCUUAUUAUGGUUGCAAUGCACCUCUACAGAAUUAUAUAUCAUACCCCAAGGAAGGUAAUAAGAAGAAUGGUCAGCCUGGCGCACUCGGUCUCGGCCAGCAAGGGGCCACAGCUCUCACAAAUUUCUUCCAUUUCUGGGCAUACCUUACGCCAAUUGUGGGCGCUGUUAUUGCCGACCAAUAUCUUGGUCGCUAUCGGACCAUUUGUUAUGGAUGUGGCCUUUACAUCGCGGGAUUAUUUCUCCUAUUCAUGACCGCACUGCCGGCCUCGAUUAACGGAAACCAUGCACUAGGAGGGUUGAUACCUUCACUGAUUAUCAUUGGAACAGCGACUGGUAUUAUCAAGAGCAAUGUCAGCCCUUUGACGGUGGAGCAAUAUCGCAAGACGAGAAGAUUUGUGAAGACAUUGGAGACGGGAGAGAAGGUUAUUGUUGAUCCGGUUGUGACAGCCCAGACGAUUUUCAACUGGUUUUAUUGGGCCAUUAAUGUUGGAGCAUUGUCUCCAUUGGCAACAGUAUUUUCAGAGAAGAAAGUGGGAUUCUGGUUUGCGUACCUACUCCCAUUUCUGAUGUUCUUUGUUGGCGUUGGCGCCCUUGUCGCCGGGAGAAACAAGUACAUCCGCCGCCCACCAGAGGGGUCGGUACUUCCCAACGCUUUCCGUGUCGUCAGUAUCGGAAUCAGAUACCGGAGUUUGGAGGCCGCAAAACCGUCCAACCUGGAAGCAAAGGGCUUACUUCACAAGUACAAUGUGAGGUGGACUGAUCAUUUUGUUGACGAGGUUCGCCGUGGGUUAGUUGCUUGCAAGGUUUUCGUCGCCUACCCAUUCUAUUCGAUCUGCGCCAACCAGGGCUCCAAUAACCUUGUAUCCCAAGCAGGUGCAAUGAAGCUUGGUGGCACGCCUAACGAUCUCAUCUCCAAGCUUAACCCCUUAACCCUGAUCAUCUUCGUCCCAAUAUUCGAUCGUGUGGUGUUCCCAAUGCUCCGCAGAGCUGGUAUCCACUUCCGCCCAAUCACCCGCAUCACUCUUGGUUUCUUUAUCCAAUCCUUGUCUAUCGUCUAUAUCACUGUCCUCCAGCAUUACAUCUAUAAGAGCCCGCCGAAUUCCAUCAAUGUGUGGAUUCAGGGUCCCUGUUAUGUUCUCGGCGCUAUAUCCGAGAUAUUCACAUAUAUCACGGCGCUCGAAUAUGCAUUCACACACGCACCGGCAAGUAUGAAGAGUGUUGUUACAUCUGUAUAUUUUUUCCACAAUGCCAUCGCUGCCGUUAUAGGAAUUUCUCUUACCCCAGUAAACAAAGAUCCGGAGAUUCUAUGGACUUAUGCUUCGGUGGCAAGCGGUGCCGCAGUUGCUGGUAUUAUAUUCUGGUUUUCGUUCAGACACCUGAAUGAACAGGAGGACGAGAUGAUGGAUCUCGAAUCCAAGGACAUUGGACGCGGUUCGAACGGUAUCUCGAGUGCUGCACAAGGAGAUUGUACUGGCUCGACCUUUCUGGGGGAAGCCAAUAUCCGGGGCCCUACAAAGAAAGAUUGA